GACCGAGGAUCGAUCGGUGUGUCCCGGGCCGAUUCGAUUCGAUUCGAUUCGAUUCCAUUCCAUUCGACGCCGCCAUGUUUCGAAAACGAACCAAGAAGGCAGCCGCGAAGAGCAACCUCCGGAGAAAGCGGAGGGACGACGAGGAUCCGGUCGGGGAGAACGUCAGCGGCAACGACGAAAGCGAGGGCGACGCGGCCGCCACUUCCGCCAGGAUCCGGAGCACCCUGAAAAAACAAAAGAUCCUGGCGACGCUUCCCAUGACGUCGGGGGGAGGGAGCGGGCGCYUCCGUGCAAGCGCGAAGCAGAACCGGAGCGGAGACGACCACCACCAGCAGCAGGACGGAUCGCAGGCCGCCGAGCUCUCGGUCCUGGACACCAAGCACAAGAACAACAUGGAAUCCUUCAUCGAGGAACGAAUGGCCUCGUCCGGGGCCGGGAGAGAGGGCGGGACCGGACCCGCUGGCCAACCACCGGAGGCUUCCUCGUCGGCUUCCGCGUCGGCUUCCGCGUCGGCUUCCACGGAAGACGACCUCUACCGGUCGCUGGCCCGGGAGGUCGCCGGCGAGACCGAACCCUUGGCCCCCGGAAACGAGGGUCCUCCCGAGCAGGACGGAGACCAGGGGGCCGGGGGGGCCGCCCUCCUGGGGGGGACGGGGAUCGCGGAGGUCAUCCUGCCCUCCACGAGGCACGAGCCCGUCGCCCUUUUCACCGGCCAGCGGGGCCACCGCCACUUCUCGGAAGGCCGGUCCUCGGCGGUCCCCGAGGGGGAGAGGCACGGGCGGUCCCUGCCGGAGACGACCCCGAAGCCCCUGGUCCGGUUCUCGGGCAAGGCGAGCGCCAACCUUCUCGAAACAAAAGUUAGCAGCGAAGGCAAGCACGGAAGCAGAAGGGAGCCUUCCGGGGGGGAAGGGGGCGAUCUCGGACCCGAAGACGGCAAGGCGGACGCCGACCGGAAGGGCUUUGACGCCUUUCGGGGCAGGGCGGCGGCGUCCUCGUCCCUUUCCGACCAAGAUCCGGGGGGCGGCGACGAUCGAACGAGGCACAACCGGUGGAAGACCGGGCAGAACCGGGACGACGUUGUCUACCGGCAGUUUUUGAAGAAAGCCCUCAAUCCGAGGAACAUAUGACGGAGGGGAGGCCGUUUUUGCACCGGAGCGAUGCAGCGCUUUUCCUUUGUGCCAAGCGACCCUGAUCGCGGGUCCGGAAACGAAGCGCCCGACCAUCCACUGCCGCUUCUUUUGUCACGCCAACACUAGAACACGAAC